AUGUCAUCAACACGAGCCCUCGCCCUCCGCCGCAUCGCGGCGUCUCCCAGACCCCUCCCCCGCUCAUCGCUUCCCGUCGCCUCUCUGAGGCAGGCCAGGUGGGAGAGCUCCAAGUCCAAGGACGGAGACCUCGGCGGCCCGGGAGGCCAGGAGCCGAUUCCUUCCAAGAGCGGCCCGUCGCAGAGCUGGCCUACUCUGGCUGCUAUCGCUGCCGUGGGAUUCGGCGUCGGCUCGUACUUGGUUCACCUGACGGGGAAGCCGAAGGGUUCGACGACGCCUGAGGGCCAUUUUGACGAGCUUGCGAAGAAGGUCGUGCCGGGCAAAAUGCUUCCGAUUUUCAUAGCUCUGCAAGCAGCCAGCUACGUGGCGGCAGGGCCUGAGUACAACUUCACCUUACAUGUUUCGAAACAGAGACCAGAAUGGGCAGAGAAGCUUUCGCCGAACCUCGCUGGCUUUAGUCUCGAAAUGGACCGGUGGCCGGACUGGGCUGGCCAGGAAGUCGGCAAGCCCAACGAGUAUUUCAACCAACUGCUGCGAAACCUGGGCGAACGUACAGGACACAUGCCUUUCCUCAGGGUCGGUGCGAACUCGCAAGACAGAGCCACGGUUGACCUGAGUCUUCAAGUCAUGAACAAAACGUUUCCGCAGCCCACGGAAGAGGUUCCCAACCCGGAAGCUGACCACAUCUUUAUCGGCCGCGACUUCUACGCCCUCUCGGGUAACCUCCCAGCCGGCACUCCGUUCAUGUGGGGUCUCAACCUCAAGGCUUUGAACAAGACUGAGACUGUUAUCCAGGCCCGACUUCUGGCGGACACUUUUCAAGGAGGUCGUGCCAACUUGACAAAGAAUGUGCACCUUAUGGAUGUGGAACUGGGAAACGAACCUGACUUCUACGGCCCGACGCGAACUGGCCGCAAUGGUCCAUAUGGACCAGAAUGGGAUGUCUUCAAUUACACAGACACCUGGGUUAAGUAUGCCGAGGCUGUUAGCAAAGAGAUCGAAUUCGGGGAAGCUGGGUCGGACAAGCCGAAUCUCUCACCAGGAGCUUUUACGGGCUUCAACGCGCCGGAAUGGACACCCGUUGGGCCACUUCAAGCCGGCCUGCUUCAAGACGCGCAAGUCAGAGCCAACAUAUCCCAAUUCACGGAGCACGCUUACUCUGGUGGAUUCGACCCUCGGAGGGUGGUCAGACCCGGGGAGCUGAUGAGCAAGGUCUCUGUCCGCAACAACAUGACGACAAGGACCUCGGGCAUACGUGCUGUGAGAUCUGUGGGUUUGGACUACGUUCUGGCAGAAACGAAUUCUUAUGCGAACCACGGUCAGCCCGGACUUAGCAACACCGUCGAAAGCGCCCUGUGGGCGACGGACUGGCUGCUUCUGGGAGCCUCUUCCGGCAUACAGAGACUUCAUUUCCAUCACGGCGUAGGCUUCAGAUACAACCUCAUCCAGCCCACGAACGACUCCGACGACGGUCUCAACAUAACUCAUCCGCACAUCUUACCAUCCUACCACGCCUUCUUGAUUGUGAAUGAGGCCAUUGGGAAGUCAGGUCGGGCAUACGUGGCCGAAAUUGCCACUACGAACCUGACUCUCACGGCGUAUGGGAUCUGGGAGGAGGAGAAACUAGCUCGCAUCGUGGUUCUGAACACACAGAUUUAUCUCGGUGGGCCGGAGAAGCCCAGCAUCAACGUCGAUGUCGGCAAAGUGGUCGCGGGACAGCGGGCAACCGUCAAGUUCCUGGUCUCUGAUAAUACCACUUCAUACACAGGACUGACUUGGGCGGGCCAAAGCUUCGAGACCCUGUCGGGUGAGCCUUCAGGGGCUGUUGUCGAGACGGAUAUUGAGAACGGACGAUUCAACCUCCCGGCAUCGUCCAUCGCCCUCGUCAAUCUCGAAUCUGGACACUAA